GCGGCGGGAGCAAGAGCAGCUGGAAGGGCCGGGGAGGACGCCGCGGAAGGGGCGGCGCGGGGAGGCGGGGACAGGCCCGGCGGUGGCAGCGCGGAGCCAGGCCGGCUGGUCUCAGGUGGGCGCCAGCGACGCGGGCUUGGGGCAACGCCACCCCCACAGAAGCAGGGUCACAGAGUGAGCAGAGAACACUGAACUAGGAGAAGAACAAGUGGGAACUCGCCAUGGCUUCGAUGUCUACUCAUGAAAACCAAGAGAAGGGGCCCCAUUUGCCACCUCCAAGCAAGCAGAGCCUGUUGUUCUGUCCAAAAUCGAAACUGCACAUCCACAGAGGAGAGAUUUCAAAGAUUAUGCGAGAAUGUCAAGAAGAAAGUUUCUGGAAGAGAGCUCUGCCGUUUUCUCUCGUAAGCAUGCUCGUCACCCAGGGGCUAGUCUACCAAGGUUAUUUAGCCGCUAAUCCUAGAUUUGGAUCAUUGCCUAAAGUUGCACUUGCUGGUAUCCUGGGAUUUGGCCUGGGGAAGGUGUCAUACAUAGGAGUGUGCCAGAGCAAAUUCCACUGCUUUGAAGACCAGCUUCGUGGAGCUGGUUUUGGUCCACAGCAUAACAGGCACUGCCUGCUCACCUGUGAGGAAUGCAAGAUAAAGCACGGGCUCAGCGAGAAACCCGGAUCACAGCCUUCAGCCUCCUGAAUGCUGUGUCGGGGGUGUUUCAACUUUUGUACACAUUUAAAAUUUCAAGUGUACUUUAAAAUAAAAUGCUCCUAGUGGAACAAAA